AUGGACUACUCCUACCUCAAUUCGUACGACUCGUGCGUGGCAGCCAUGGAGGCGUCCGCCUACGGGGACUUCGGCGCCUGCAGCCAGCCUGGUGGCUUCCAGUACAGCCCCCUGCGGCCCGCCUUUCCCGCUGCCGGGCCCCCCUGCCCCGCGCUCGGCUCCUCCAACUGCGCGCUUGGCGCCCUACGGGACCACCAACCCGCGCCCUACUCGGCAGUGCCCUAUAAAUUCUUCCCGGAGCCGUCGGGCCUGCACGAAAAGCGCAAGCAGCGGCGCAUUCGCACCACUUUCACCAGCGCGCAGCUCAAGGAGCUGGAGCGCGUCUUCGCUGAGACCCACUACCCUGACAUUUACACGCGUGAGGAGCUGGCGCUCAAGAUCGACCUCACCGAGGCUCGCGUGCAGGUCUGGUUCCAGAACCGCCGAGCCAAGUUCCGCAAACAGGAGCGUGCGGCCAGCGCCAAGGGCGUGGCGGGUGCGGCGGGCGCGAAGAAGGGCGAAGCGCGCUGCUCGUCGGAGGACGACGACUCCAAAGAGUCCACGUGCAGCCCCACGCCUGACAGCACCGCGUCGCUGCCGCCGCCGCCCGCGCCCGGCCUGGCCAGCCCGCGCCUGAGCCCCAGCCCGCUGCCCGCCGCCCUCGGUUCCGGGCCCGGCCCACAGCCGCUCAAGGGCCCCUUGUGGGCCGGCGUGGCGGGCGGCGGGGGCGGCGGUCCGGGCGCGGGAGCGGCGGAGCUACUUAAGGCCUGGCAGCCGGCGGAGCCCGGGCCGGGACCCUUCUCGGGGGUUCUGUCCUCCUUCCAUAGGAAGCCCGGCCCCGCCCUGAAGACCAACCUCUUCUAGCCACCGGACUUGAGAGGCUGCGGGCCUGUCCCCCAGAGCCGCCCCUGCCCCUCCACGACCCGACAGAAUCCCUCCCCAUCGUGGCCGCCGGCCUGGAAACCACCAUCCGUCCCCACCCCACCCCCCAUCGUGUCCGGCCCUUGGGUGUGCCCUCCCUAGUGUGGGGACCGAGUCCGGGCCACUCCGCGCCUCACCCACCCCCACGGGGCAGUGCGGCGGUACUUCUCACCGGGAUCAAGUAACACCCGUCCCUAACAGUUCCCGAACGUGGAGGUCCUAAAGACGAGCGGCCCAGCUCCCUCCCGCGACCCUGCAGCUGGCUGGUCCUUACCCUGGGGACUGAGUGCCCGCUGGGCCGUGCCCGGGCCAACCCGCACUGACCCCACCCAGGCACGGGCGGGACGUCGCUGGGAGAGC